AUGAAUCAUUUCGAGAUUGGUUGAGGAAUAUCGCGAUUUCAUUCGAUCAGGACCGUUGGCACUGCCUCUUGAUAUAGUUACCACCAUAUGCAACGAUCUAUCUUGUCGUUGGGUUGGGCUUGAUCUUAGCUAUUCAGAUCCAACCGUUUCCCGUCCCGCGCGAACGUCUAAUUUGGGAAGCAGGAGGGGUUCUGUGCAUUGUACUCGAGUUUACUCGUACUGAAAAGUACAGGGACCGACCUCCACAACCCUGGACUAGGUCCACUGGAGCUCCCGUCUACAGGAGUACGAGUACAUCUGACAACGAGCGCCCUCUGGCCUCUAUCAUGUUCCUUUCAAUUCCAAUUCUCUAGUGUAUAUUCCUAUUACUAAAUAAUACGCACUAUCUUUAAUCCAACCACCAAGUCUCACUCUCUCGUAUCAUCGCAAGAUAAUGCAAGCCGAUCAUCAAAAGCCCUGAGGUGCCUCCUAAUUCUAACUCCCUCGAGACCGCUGUAACAAGUAGGCGGCGGCGGCACAUGCGAAGCUGAAUUGCAGGUGUCUUACAAAGUUUCAAUUUUACCCAAUCGAUAGGCUCGAUUGCAGGACCAUAACGAGAAUACCGUGCUGUCACCGAACUCAAACCCAAACUCGCGAUCAUGUCAUCAUCCUCCAAUACCCCACCUGAAGAUUACUUCAACGACCUCUCGCUACCCACAGGGAACAAUGGGCAGCAGAAGAACAGGAGAAGCACAGGCAAUGGACACGCGACUGGAAAUGGAAAUGGAGGAGACUCUGAAGUGCCAAAACCGAAGAGAAUAGCUUGCAUUAUCUGCAGAAAGAGGAAGCUGAAAUGCGAUGGGGCCAGACCUAGCUGCUCGACUUGUACAAGACUGGGACAUAGCUGUGCUUAUGAUGAAGUUAGGAAAAAGUCAGGACCAAAAAGGGGAUAUGUAAAGGCGUUAGAAGAGAGACUUAGUGAGCCAGAUCAAUUCGCUCUGUACCAAAUAUAUGGCUUGGAAAUAGAGCUGACCACCAGUUUCUUUCCACAGAACAGGUUGAAACUUUACUGAAAACCCAGGAACCCAUUGCAAAUCCCCCAAAAGAAGUUGCGCCGGGAAGCUUCACGACAAGCAAUGCUAGUGGAACUACCCCUCGUACCGUUUCCGCCCCAGAUUUCGGUAUUGCCAAUGGACCCAUAAACCUUGUUGGUGGAGUUGGUACAGAACGAUGGGGAUUUGUUGGAGACUCGCCUGUACAACCACCACCAAUGGAUGAUCUUAAUUUCGGUGGUGAUAUGAGUAUGGCAAUGGGUAUUGACGACAGUACGUUUACCUGGGAAAUGAUUGGACUGGGUCUAGAAGAACCACUACCCCCACAAGAUACAAUAGAUGAAUUGUGAGUACUGGUAAGCUUUUGUCUAUUGAUACAACAGAGCUGACCACCUAGGCAUACCAUAUAUUUCGAUAAGAUUCACCCUUCGCUACCGAUGAUUCACAAAUACAGAUAUCUUGCUGCCAUGAACUUGUAAGCUCCAAAACUACUUCUGUCGAUCCUUUUUUAUAUCCCAGAUACUCGGAUCCUACCAUCCACAAUCUCAUCGAUUUCUUGCCAUGCAGUCUCAUUUCGAACUUUGACAUAUCCAUCAAACAAUAUCAAAUUGCUAUAACUACUGUACUAGCGACCCUUUGCCAAAGGCUUUUACUGAUAAAAAGAUCAGAGCUCCUAAUCAACGACCACCCGUUGCCUUACGAUAUAUAAUGUGGGCAGCUGCUGCCUCGGUAGUCGAAAAAUAUUUUGAUUUGAAAGAUCACUUCUACCAACGUGCUCGCAAAUACGUGGAGAUGGACUCAUUAAAGGGUCAUGGAGAACAUAUGAUUUCGAUCGCCAAUGCCCAGACACAUGUUCUUUUGGCCUCUUAUGAGUUCAAAAUGAUGUACUUUCCACGAGCAUGGGUUAGUACAGGAACAGCAAUUCGGUUGUGUCAAAUGUAAAUGCCCAUCUCAAUAACCCUUUGAGCGGGACAAUUCUUACCAUUUUUAGGAUGGGUCUACAUAGACUUGAUGGUGAUGGUUUAGACGUCAAACAAUGUCUCCCUCCACCUCGUGACUUUACCGAGCGCGAAGAAAGACGGAGGACGUUCUGGAUGGCAUUCUGUGAAGACCGAUAUGCAAGUAUUGGUACGGGAUGGCCGAUGACCAUUGACGAAAAAGAUAUUUUGUCCGACCUUCCUUCUUCCGAGGAGGCUUUCGAGAUGAGUAAGAUAGAAACAACACAAUCCUUAGCAGAUGCUCUUGAUCCUAGCGGAGCUUGCAAGCUUUCACCAUUCGCUGGCGUUGUCCUUAUGGCUUGUCUUUUCGGUAGGAAUCUGAUACAUCUACAUCGCCCAGACGAAGAUGACCGAGAUCAUGACUUGAAUGGCGAGUUUUGGAAACGGCAUAGGCAGAUGGAUAACAUACUUCUUAACACUACCCUCUCUUUACCGUCACAUCUGAAAUUACCAAACGGCUUGUCCAAUCCUAAUAUUGUGUUUACAAAUAUGAACAUUCACACUUCAACGAUUUGUUUGCAUCAAGCAGCAAUUUACAAAGCGGACAAGAAUCGCCUGCCUCCUUCUAUCAGUCAAGAAAGUAAGGUGCGAUGUAUUUCUGCGGCCAAUGAAAUUGCGAGUAUCAUGCGGAUGGUAUCGCAUAUGGAUUUAUCAUCUGUGAGUUCCCAACCCUGCAUUUAUCGUGUUGAUAUCAAGCUAAUCAAACUCAGAUGAAUCCUUUUAUAUCUUUCUGUCUGUACGUUGCGGCACGUGUGUUUGUACAAUACCUCAAAAGUCGACCAAACGAUAGCCAAACCGGGGACUCUUUGAGAUUUUUGCUUUCCGCUAUGAAUGCUUUGAAACGAAAGAAUCCUUUGACGGAAUCGUUUCUUGUGCAGUUAGACGUUGAUCUAGAGGGGUUGGGUAUGAGGAAUAUCAAGUCUAAGAACUCGUUCACUUAUACCGAUGACAAUGUAAAUCCUCACCCCUCUCCAUUUACCUCAUCAUACACUAAUCAUGCAAUGAUACAGGCCCCAGCUGCGACCGGCAAAGCCUUCGAUUUCUGUAAUACACGAACAGAAGGAUGUAUCCUCAUGAAACUGAGCCAGGACCUAAAUCUAGAUACCACCAGUCCUGUCAGGGCAACAGCCCGCAUCCCCUCAACCACCUCCUUCACACGAGAACAAGAGCCCCUCGAAACCACCCUCCAAGAUUUCAACAUGACAACUCCCUAUGAUCAUAGCGGCUUCCCACAUCCCACCACCUUCCCCAACAACGAGAACAACAAAAACGCCAAUUCCCCCGACACCGGAACAACAGGCGCAUCCUCCAACCGACCCACUCCCUCCUCCUCCACCCCCUCUGACUCACGCUCCAACCUCCAACCCCGAUCCGUGACCUCGGGACCUGCUUCCCACGAAACGAGUCCGGAGGUCUCGCAUGAUGACUCCUUGCUUUCUAACGGUGAGACAGCGGGGUUCUAUGGUACGGGCUUGGGGCCUGAUCCUCAGGGUUUCUCUCCUACUAAUGGUGGCUGGGGGAUUCAUGCGCAGAGUGAGGGGUUGACGCCCGUUGGGGAGGGGGUUUUUAGGCAGUUGAUGGGGAUGGGGACUAUUGGGGGGAUGGAUGAGAUGUUAGUAUUGUACCUCUUCUCCUUCCUUUCCUUUCCUUCCAAAUUCUUCAAAGAGAGGCUUUGAUUGUGCAGGGUGUGACUGACUAAUGAUGUAUAGGGAUCUUGGAUGGGAAGGUGGGUCGUGAGGGUUUGUGAUGGAGGGGUUGGGUUUCGGUUUUGAUGAUACCUACAUACGUAAGGGCUUUGCGGAAUCUGUUUAUUCGUUGUGGUGUAGGUUAAUAGUUUUUUUUUUGUUUUGGAUUGGGUGGGGGUUCUUUGUAUCACCUUAUUUUUUUUCUUUCUUUGGGGGGCUUUUGGGGAGUUUAGGGAUUUACGGAUCUUGUCUUAUCUUAUCUUAUCUUGUAUGAAUAUAGCGAGUUAGCGAGCGAGCGAUGGUGAUGGUGAUGGAUACCUUUCUUUGGAUUCUGGGGGGAAGUGGGGGUGUAUAUUUCUACUCUCUAUUUUUUCUAUAUAUGUUUUUGGGGAGUUGUGUGAGAGACAGAGACGUACGACUGGGUGGGUGGACGGGCGGGAUAACAGAUACCGAACGGGCAUGAUGGGUAGAAGGGUAGGGAAUAGGAAUAUGAUACCAAUUUUUG